UUCGCCCUUUGUACAAAAAGGAAUGUAUACAGUAGACAGAAACCCUAACUAAUUCGCUCUUCUCGAUCAGUUUUAAUUCUUCUAACGAUCACAAUCCACUCAAUUCAGUUGGCUUACGUUAUUUGAUAAUUUUUUGUUGCUUUUUCUUGGAGCUUCGCUUUGGGCGUUUUAAUGGCCGCUGAGGAUGGCAGUGAAAGCCCGGGACCGGGCGAAACGAAGAAGGGAAAGUCCAAGACCCCCAGAAAGGCCAAGGAGAAUCUCCUCAAGCAAAAAUCUCCAGCUGAGUUCUUCGCGGAGAAUAAGAACAUCGCAGGGUUCGAUAACCCUGGGAAAUGCCUUUAUACUACUGUGAGAGAACUUGUAGAAAAUGCACUUGACUCAGCAGAAUCCAUAUCUGAACUUCCUGUUGUGGAGAUAACAAUUGAAGAGAUCGGGAAAGCCAAAUUCAAUUCCAUGAUUGGUCUUGUUGAUCGGGAGCGUAUUGAUGAGAAACUGUAUGAUGACUAUGAGACAGAAAAGGCUCGUGAGAAAAGAUUAGCGAAGGAAGCUCGUGCUCAAGAAAUACAAGCAAGGAAUGCUGCCCUGGGGAAGAAAGUCAAAGAAACUGCAGCUUCAAAAGUCAUGAAAGGUCGGGGUGAAGCUUUAUUUUAUAGGGUGAUAUGCAAGGAUAAUGGAAAGGGAAUGCCACAUGAUGACAUCCCAAAUAUGUUCGGACGAGUUCUGUCAGGAACAAAGUAUGGCUUAAAGCAGACACGGGGAAAAUUUGGUCUUGGUGCAAAGAUGGCACUAAUCUGGUCAAAAAUGAGUACAGGGUUUCCAAUAGAGAUAUCUUCUUCAAUGAAGAGGCAGAACUAUAUUUCUUUCUGCAGACUGGAUAUAGAUAUUCAUAGGAAUAUUCCUCACAUUCAUUUGCAUGAAAAACGAGACAACAAGGAGAAGUGGCAUGGAGCUGGAAUUCAAGUAGUCAUUGAGGGAAACUGGACAACUUAUCGUUCCAAAAUAUUGCAUUACAUGCGACAGAUGGCUGUUAUCACUCCGUAUGCUCAAUUUCUGUUUAGAUUUGUAUCAGAUGCACCGGAGUAUGCUCUCAUCCUCUUGCUUAACUUGCCAACUGACCAUCAACUGAUACAGUUACCAUUAUCUAUAUUUAUGUUUUAUUCUCCUUGUAGUAAAAACAUCACCAUAAGUUUUGCACGGAGAACGGAUGUAAUGCCUCCAGUUCCUGCUGAGACAAAGCACCAUCCGUCAUCUGUUGACUUAUUACUAAUAAAACGCUUGAUUGAAGAAACUUCAAAGCAGAAUCUUUUGCAGUUUCUUCAGCAUGAAUUUAUAAAGAUAAGAAAGUCAUAUGCUGAGCGAUUAAUUGGAGAAAUGGGACCAGAGUUUAAUCCAAAAAUGUCUGUUAAGGCUCUAAGUUCCCGGCAAAUAGUACGCAUCCAUCAAUUGUUUCGCCAAGCUAAAUUUGAUGACCCCAAUGGUGAUUGUCUUAGUCCUGCAGGUGAAUACAAUCUUCGUCUAGGAAUUAUAAAGGAGCUGCAUCCAGACAUGGUUGCAACUUACUCAGGCAGUGCUCAAGUUUUUGAAGGACACCCAUUCAUUGUCGAAGCUGGUGUAAGUGUGGGUGGAAAAGACGUUAAGCAAGGCUUAAAUAUUUUUCGUUUUGCAAACCGAAUACCACUUCUUUUUGAGCAAGGUGGUGAUGUUGUUACAAGGACUGCCAUGAAGAGAAUUAAUUGGAGUAGUUACAAGAUCAACCAGGUGCAAGAUAAAGUUGGCGUAUUUGUAAGCAUUGUGAGCACAAAAAUUCCCUUCAAAGGGACCGGAAAAGAAUACAUUGGAGAUGAUAUCAGUGAGAUAGCUACUGCUGUUAAGUCUGCAAUUCAGCAGUGUUGUAUCCAGCUAAAAUCCAAAAUAGUGAAGAAAAUGCAAGCACGUGAGCAGCAGGAGAGGAAACGAAAUUUAAGCAAGUAUAUCCCUGACGCUACUGGUGCUGUAUAUGAGGUUCUAAAAGAAAUGGCAAAACUACAUGCAUCCAAGAAGAGACGAUAUGAAGGAGAGGCUGCAGAUAUACUCAGGAAAGUUUCUGGUCAACUGAUUACAAGAGAGACACUCCAGGAAAAGCUUGCUCAACAUGUUGAACAGGUGGACUAUGAGAUGGCAUUAGAAUACGCAACCCAAAGUGGAGUCAGCGAAGAGCCUAGGGAAGAUAUAUACAUACAAUCGCUAGAUUAUGGGAAGAGCUUCUUUGAUUUAUGCAGUCCUGCAUUUGUCUUCAGACUCUUUAGCUAAAGAGUUUCUUAUAUUCUUUCAUUUCUUGUUAUCCAUGCAUGGUUCAUGUAGGUAGUGUUGUCAUACCGAUCAUUUUAACAAUUCAUCAUGUACCCAAUAAAAAAAACUAGAUGUUCAAAGUCCUGUAUACAUCUGUAUUAUUAAAGAGUGAUUGUAUGCAUUCCUUACAACUAGAUUUAUCAAGUUUCUGUUUUUAGAGGCCUAGGUGGCCUUUGUUUCUUGACAGAAGCCGGAGCGUACUGAGUUUGGAGAAUGAGGAAAAGGUCAAUAGAAAUGUUUCUUGCCUUUCUUUU